AAAAACAACAAGACUCCUUUUGACCUCCCUAUGGACUCUACCUUGUUAUUGUCAUCAUUAUCAUUAUUAUUACUGGUGACGACAACCUUCUUUUUUCUUUUCACGCCACUUCCAAGGAGGCUGAGGCUCACAAAGCGCAUUUAAGCACGAGUGUGAGCCUCAAUGCUAGCUGUUAGCAACACGCCUCGCUGGAGUCUGGACUGUAGGAAGCGGUUUUGGUGGUGAAGCACCUUGAAAAGCAGCAUGAAUCUCCAGCACCCUGCCACUCCAAUCCCUCCUGUCCAUCCAGAUGUGCUGAUGAAGUCUCUGCCUUUCUACGAUGUGCUGGACAUCCUCAUCAAGCCCUCCAGCUUAGGAGCAAGUACUGCACAGAGAUACCACCAGGAAAAGUAUUUCAUCUUUGCUUUGACGCCACAGCAAGUCCGAGAAGUCUGCAUAUCCAGGGACUUCCUUCCAGGUGGCAGAAGAGAUUACAUGGUUCAAAUUCAACUGAGAUUUUGCUUGUCAGAAACCAGCUGCCCUCAAGAAGACAACUAUCCCAACGCUCUUUGUAUAAAAGUCAAUGGCAAACUCUUUCCCCUGCCGGGUUUUGCCCCGCCCCCCAAGAAUGGAGUGGAACAGAAGAGACCCGGCAGGCCGCUAAACAUUACCUCACUGGUGCGACUGUCCUCUGCGGUACCCAAUCAGAUCGCAGUGACGUGGGCUCCUGAAAUUGGAAAGACCUACUCCAUGUCCGUCUACCUGGUGAGGCAGCUCACGUCCCCGCUGCUCCUGCAGAGGCUGAGGAUGAAGGGCAUCAGGAACCCGGACCACUCCAGAGCAUUGAUUAAGGAGAAACUGACUGCAGACCCAGACAGUGAGGUGGCAACAACAAGUCUGAGAGUGUCCCUCAUGUGCCCGUUGGGGAAGAUGCGACUGACUGUUCCAUGCCGGGCAGUGACUUGCUCGCACCUUCAGUGCUUCGACGCUGCCCUCUACCUGCAGAUGAAUGAAAAGAAACCUACCUGGAUCUGUCCUGUGUGUGACAAGAAGGCCGCAUAUGAGAGUCUCAUCAUUGACGGUCUGUUCCUGGAGAUCCUGAAUGACUGCUCUGAUGUGGAUGAAAUCAAGUUCCAAGAAGACGGUACCUGGUGUCCCAUGAGGCCCAAAAAGGAGGCGGUGAAAGUCUCCUCUCAGUCGCUGGCUAAAGUGGAAUCUCCUUGUCGCCAGUCUUUGCCGCCCCCACACGGCGCUGAGUCCACCCCCGGCAAGAAGGCCGAUGUCAUCGACCUGACUCUGGAGAGCUCCUCCUCCUCCUCGGACGACGACGACGAGGACGACGAGGAGGAAGAGGAGGAGGAGAAAAGCUUGGAUCCUCCUGUGAAGAAACGCUGCUUGUACAUCUCUAAACACGAGGACGUGCACACCAAGGGAGUGCUGACCUACCAGCCUUCCACCAUGCGUCUUCACAACCUGGACACCUCCUACCUGCCCCCCACUCUGGCUGACUAUGCAGUCCCCUUCCACCCGGCCACCAUGGCCACCAUACCCACUGACAUGCAGAGUCUGGAUUUAUUCUCUCUACUUCAAGCUGAUCCCCAGGUGAGUCUUGCUCACAUGACACAUCUUUUACAGCAUUACAGGCCACAGAUGUUUCUAGAAAACCUGAGCAGCAGUUUGCAGAGCGUGUCUUCGCCCAGCACCAGCGCCGCCCUGGUGGCCUCCAGCAGUCGUUACGAUGCCAACGCUCGCACCCCCGCCUCCAUUCAUGACACCCAUGACUCCUCCCACGUUGUCACGGUGACACAAAGUGCUGACAACAGCAUAUCUGACAUUAUUUCACUAGACUGACUUUUUACUCAAACUUUCUUUUCUGGGGACUUUUUUUUUUAACCCAAACUUUUUCUAAAGCUUUUUUUUUUUCUCCCAUAAACUUAUCGGAGCAACAGUAAGAAGAUUUUUUUUUUUUUUUAUCUUUGAUGCCAUCAUUUACUAAAGACACGCCUAGAGUAGUCCGUGUACAGCUUCAAUCACUAAAUCCUGUCUGAACCACCUCUCUUGCAGCACUGCCUCAGUUCUCUUGAGCACAUGCUGUGCAAAAUUAGCAUUUGUUGAAGGCGCAGGAAGUACAACCCCAACAAAAUAAUAGCGUCAAGUUUGGAUGACAGAAGGUAAUAGAACUUCUAUCAAUUCUAAUGAAGAUAAUCAUAAUAACUUCCUAUCAAUUUUAAUGAAAAUAAUUUAAACUUCCUGUCAAUAUUAAAGAGAAUAAUUAUAACUUCUUGUCAAUAUUAAUGAGAAUAAUUAUAACUUCUUGUCCAUUUUAAUGAGAAUAAUUACAACUUCCUGUCAAUUUUCAUGAGAAUACUUAUAACUUCCUGUCAAUUUUAAUGAGAAUAAAAAUAUCUUCCUGUAUAUUUUAAUGAGAAUAAUUAUAACUUUCUGUCAAUUUUAAUGAGUAUAAAAAUUAACUUCCUAUCAAUUUUAAUGAGAAUAAUUAAAACUUUCUCUCAAUUUUAAUGAGAAUGAUUAUAACUUCCCGUCAAUUUUAAUGAGAAUAAUUAUAACUUCCUGUCAAUUUUAAUGAGAAUAUUUAUAGCUUCCUGUCAAUUUUAAUGAGAAUAAAAAUAACUUCCUAUCAAUUUUUAAUGGGGAGUAGUUUUAAUAGCUUGACAGUAGUCCUGAUUCAUGUCGAGUUGGUUUUAAUGAGUUCAUAAUGAAUCACAUCAGACGUGAUCUUACAAGUCAUGUGUAUCACAUCCACAUUUCUGGAAAUAAAAUCAUAUUUUGAUGACAAAUGUUUUCAGUGUAUAGUGAAAAUAAAGAAGAAAAAAAAAGUAAACUCAUCGUCCCAAUAUUUUUGGACAAACUCAAAUAUUUGCUAAAUAGUGUUGAAAGUUAUUUUGAAUGUUGUAUUGCAACAUGUGUACUACUGCCAAGUGUACUUUGAACAAAUACUGUACAAGGGAUUUUGAUACAUUAUUAUGUCAACUUGUUCUUCCUGCUCUCAGCAUAAAACAGUCAAUCCUU